AUGGCCCAGUUUUAUCCCAUUGGGAAGCUGGGAACGCCCUGGGGGCCCCUGGAGCGGCAGGAGUGGCUGGCGAAGCAGAGCAUCCAGCGGUCCUACCAGGAGGAGGUGCUCUCCAAGAUCCAGAAGUUGGCAGGCGAUUUCGAGGUGGUGCAGUAUGGCGCCCUCUCCUACGACACAGAGAAGUACCCCCUCUUCGCCCUCAAGACGCCUGGCUUUGGUAAGACCGGAAAGCCCUUGGUUUUGGUCACUGGCGGGGUGCACGGCUAUGAGACCAGCGGGGUACAAGGUGCGCUGAGGUUCCUUGAGACACGAGCCAAAGAGUAUGCUGCGGACUUCGACAUUAUGGUGGCUCCCUGCGUCAGCCCUUGGGGGUAUGAGACCGUCAACCGCUGGAACCCGAAUGCUGUGGACCCCAACCGAUCCUUCAAGAAGGACACAGACUCGGAAGAGGCUGCUGCUGUCCUGAAGCUGGUCUCCAGCAUCGAGUUGCCAGUAGUGCUGCACAUGGAUCUCCAUGAAACCACUGACACCGACGAAAGCGAGUUUCGGGUUGCAAAAGCCGCGCGUGACGGCAAGGAGUCACACGAGCCAGACGUGGUGCCAGAUGGCUUCUACACAGUGGGCGACACCGAGAACCCACAGGCAGAGUUUCAAGCUGCCAUCAUCGAUGCCGUGCGAAAGGUCACCCACAUCGCACCUCCCGACCCGAAGGGCCGCAUCAUCGGUGAGCCCAUUUGCCAAGAAGGUGUCAUCAACUACCCCAUCAAGACCUUCCACGUUUGCAGCAGCAUCAUCACUGGGGCAAAGUUCGUGAGCACCACGGAGGUUUAUCCCGACAGCCCAAAGGUCACGGACGCCUUGUGCAACGAAGCUCAGGUCGCAGCAGUGUCUGGUGCGCUGGAGUUUGUCAAGCAGAGCAUCCGUGCCGAGACGGCCACAGCUCAGGCGUAG